AUGGAAAUGGUGAAUCAUCAGAGGCAAAAGAGAGGAAGGAAGGGUAGGGAUUAUCAUAAUCGAGGACCGAUGCAGAUCGAGGGUAGUGAUUUUGAUUAUGGAUAUGGAUUUGAUGAUGGGAUGAUGGAGAUGAUUAAUGGAGUAGGAGUAGAAGAAGAAGAAGAAGUGGGGCGAAUUAAUAGUAACAAUAAUGGUGCUGUUAUUAGUAAUGGGAAUCGUAGUGUGGUUGAAUCAACAAGAACAAGUGAGCUUACUAUUGCUUUUGAAGGAGAAGUCUAUGUUUUCCCUGCUGUUAGUCCUUCUAAAGUGCAAGCAGUGUUGUUUCUUUUGGGAGAGCCUGAGACACCCACUACUGCACCAAGCUCGGAAUUUCUGCUCCAGCAGAAUGCCAGGAGUGCAGGUGAUGCCUCACAGGGCUUGAAUCUUUCAAGAAGAGUUGCCUCCCUGGUAAGGUUCCGUGAAAAGCGGAAGGAGAGAUGCUUUGGAAAGAAAGUUCGAUAUACCUGCCGGAAAGAGGUUGCUCAGAGGAUGCAUCGCAAUAAAGGACAGUUUGCAUCAUUGAAUGAUUGUUACAGCACAGAUACUGGCAACUGGGAACCAAGCAACACAAUGCCUAAUCCUGAAUCUGCUUUGCUUAAGUGUCAACAUUGUGGCAUUAGUGCGAAAGAUACUCCAGCAAUGCGCCGGGGACCAGCUGGUCCAAGAACUCUUUGCAAUGCUUGUGGCCUUAUGUGGGCAAAUAAGGUAACUCCUGAUUUUAAGCCUUCAACGAUGGAACGAGAAAAUCCUUUUGCUAACCCUGAUGAAGAGGAGAGCCAAGAAGAGAGUAAGCCUCUGCCAUUAGAUUCUGAUAAUUCUCUGAGGCCAAAUGAACAGCAUUCCAUUAAAGUCACCAAUUUGAGAGUUGAGGUUCUAGUUGCCGUCAUUGGUUUGGUUAUUGAAGAUUUGCUAGAAACUGAUGAAACUGUUCCUGAUCCCUUGCCUAUGCAUGUGGAGAAUUCUUCAAUCAAUCUUGAUGAUGAGGACUUCGAGAACACGUUGGACGAGCUUUGUGAUGUUUCAGGUUCAGAAUUUGAAAUCCCCGAGCAUUUUGAUGAUCAGUUCACAGUACCAACUUACAGGUUGACAUUGAGGAUUCCAGUACAGGGACUGAGUGGCCUGCGACCUGAGAUCAUGCUUUCUGCCUUGGUUGUUAACACCCCUUCUAAGAGCAUCCGGUUUUGUUUACAGGGAUGA